UCGCGACACCCCGUAGGCUACUUUUUUGAACUUUGCAGAUACAAAAUUAAGGACCUGGUUAUAUAACUUCUGGAAAAUGACAUAUUAGAAGCAAAAACAGUUUUUAGUUAGCAAAACAAGCAGUUUUCAGACUAGAAGAAAUUUUGUUGUCCGACUGGCCCGUGGCCGUUGCAACUUCAGGACCACCGGCUGUCUCAUGCUUGUGUGGAGAUUCAGCAACCUCCAGUCAAAGGGGAUGUCUGUGUGAUAAAUGAGAUAAGGGUAAUGCGCUCGACCAGCGACACGCACCAUGGCCUGGCGAGUGUGGUCCAAACUCCGGUGUGGUCACAAAUGGAUCCUACUUCUUACCCCUCUUUUCCUUCUCUUCCUCAUGAUCUUUGUGAUGACAGUCACCCUGCCACUCCCUUCACCACCCGCUCACAUCGCCUGGAGGUCGUCCCGGGCCCUGAGUUCUACGGGGGAGUUCAGGUCCAGGAACAGGAUUGUGGAGCCCCUUCCAGCUGCUGGCUUCCAGCAGCCACUCGCUCACAUGUACAGCAGGAGCUUGAGAAGCAGCAGUAGAAGAGAGACAUCUAAACAUUCUGUGCCACUUAAACCUUUCGGGGACGCUGCUGGCAAUGACAAAAACAGCAUCAAAGAGAGACGUCACGCUGACAUACAAAGAAAUAAACACAAAAGCAAAGGCAUUGCCUCCAAGAGAAAAGAGCUGGCAGGCGCCAGCCAGCCAGCCAGUCAUCACCGUCCCCAUCCAGAGUUUAUAGACAACAACAUGCUGCCAAAGCACAGAAUUAAACCAAGCAACCACAGUGCUGUGGCAACGCAAGCUACACAAACAUACAUUUAUCUUGAAAAGAGUGCUUCAGCAGAUCCCAUAGAAAGUGAGACAGGAGCUGCAGAUAGACAGGCAGCCAAAUUAAGGUUUAGACACACAAACAGGAAUGCAGACAAACAGAUACAUGGCAGCCAUACAAGUGCAAAGAUAGCACAACAACACCUGGGUUUAAAAAAACACAAACAAUCAACAAAACACAAUCUGAAAUCAGACAAUGUGCAGGCUGUUAAAAAGCCCGCUGGAUAUUUCCUAAAACACCGUAAUCUCUCUGAGGAUCCCUCAGAUGCGAAAAAGAUCCCGGGAUCACUGGCCAACAGAAAGGCUUUGUCCAAACCAGAGGUCGCUGUGAUGGAAGAUGACAUCGACUGGUGUCAAAGCUUUACAGAGCAGGACUUCCCAGACAGCGACCGCAGAAGGAUCAGGGCCGACUUGCACCGCCUUCCCUGGUUCAGCAGGGAAGACAUCCAGAAGAUGGAGUUCCUCGCGAAGGGCGAGGUGGUUAGCAAGACCAGGAUGCCGGGACACGGACAGGUGCUCCAAGUGGCACUGGAUGCUCCAGCAGACCAGCAGAAGCCAUCCGUGAUGGAAGACUCACAUCAGCACGGAGAAGGGCGUGGACGUUCAACUACCCACAGUGAGCGCUGUCAGCAGGGCUGCUGCUCCCUGGUCAAGCGCACUGAUGACUGGAUUGAAGUGUUCGCCUUCCACCUGGACAGAGUGCUGGGACUCAACAAAAGUCUCCCCACAGUUCUGAGGACCUUUCAUAGCCACGUGCUGCCCAACAGGUACAUUAAUGGCACCCCCAGACCUGCAGUGUGGUGGGACCCAGAUAUUCACCACCUUUCUGAUGAAGACAAUGACCAGAACUCAAUACAGCUCAGCUGGGUUCACUACCAGAAACUGCUAAAAGCUCGCUGUGGGAGUGAAACAGACCUGAGGUCAGCCCCCUGCGUGGGAGUGCAGCACUCAGAGUGGGGAAGGCUAGCUCUUUUUGACUUCCUGCUGCAGGUAAACGACCGACUGGACAGGUACUGCUGUGGAUUCAUACCUGAUCCCGCAGAACUCUGCGUGGAGAACCUGCUUUAUGCAAAGUGUGCCAACACCAAAGACCUGCUGCUGGUUCACAUCCUGGUGAGGAAGACGGAUCCCUCCACACUGGUGUUUAUAGAUAAUGCAGGGAGACCACAACAGUCCACAGACAACCUCAACUUCAAGCUGGUUGAGGGCAUUGAUGAAUUUCCAGAGAAAGCUGUGUCUGUGCUGCGCUCAGGCUGUCUGGAAAGUCUUCUGCUACGCUCCCUUUACACAGACAGGGAAUUCUGGGACAGCCACGGCGGGUCCAGCGGUCUCAGGCCUCUCAUCCACAUGGUGGAGCAGAGAGGGAAAAUUCUCCUGCAGCACAUCAGGGACAAAAAGCUUCAGCUCAAGAGGGAUCUGUGACUGACCUGAUCAGGCCAACCUGGAUUUUAAAGUAGAUGCAAACUGCAGAUCCAUGAGCUCGAAAUCCUAUUAGCUGUCGUCAAAGAGAGCAAGAGUCUCUGGAAGAAAAGAAGCCUGCAGAAAUGAAAUGCAUUGUAUAAUUUAAAGCACCAUAGUCAUUAAGAUUGAAAAGUGCACCGAGGCACAAUGAAAACAGAUUUAGAAUGGUUUUUGCAGUGCAGAGUCAUCCAGGGCUUGCAUGGUGGAAUAAAAUAUUUAAAUGUGUGCAAACAGAUCAACAAAGCAACAAAGUGGACUGAAACACUGGGAGCUAAGUGCACUGUCUGGCAGCCCGAGCCCAGCAAUUCAUGAACAUGUUUGACUUUUUCACUUCAUAAUACGCCUUUCAUUCUUCGUUGGUUAGUCUUAGUCUUCUGUAGUAUUGGCUGUACAGCAGAUACAGUAUUUUUAAAAGGUGCAACUGCUUUUAGGUCAGCUGGCCAGAUGGACCCCUGUGCUCUUGCAUUCUGGUCUGCACUUUGUAAAGAUGCUAAAGGGCCCUCGAGACUGACCAAAUGUCAGCAUGUGGUGCUUUUAGAGUAAGGUUGAGUUGAUACAAAGCACUCUGAAACUUUCUAAAGGUAUAUUGCAAUUUGCGUUAUUUCACCAAGUCCUACCACAAAAGACAGUUCUGUUUUCACUUAAAGUUUGAUGUCUAGGCUUCAAGCUCAUCACUCCCACCAAAUAUGAUUCACACAGAAACUAGGGAGUGAUGACUAAACAUCCUCCAUGGAGCCUACAGGUUGAUGGAGGUAGAGACCCAGGACAGCAGAGCCAUUAAUAUGUCAGAGGGAGAAAUGGGAAAUCUGGGAAUGGAGGAAGACCGCUAAGGUUUCGGCAGGUAUAUGACAUAAGGAGAGAUAGCAGGUGUAUAACAUAAGGAGAGAGAGUGUGUAUGACUUACCAGCCUGAGCUCACAAGCUUCACUCCAUUUAAUUCAUUACAAAAUAAAGUCUGUUGUCAUGUC